AUGAUAAAACUGCAUCUUGCAUCUUUCGAAACAGGUGUCGGCUACUCUCUGAGCGUAUCUGGAAACGACGGUCGCCAUCCUAACGUGGUAUCAAAAGUCACCGUGGAAUUCCUCGUUUUCACCAACAGCACGAUCGAAAAUAGCGUGACGCUGCAAGUAGCGAAAUUAAACGCCAGGGAUUUUUUAAGCCAGUAUUAUCGCGCGCUACUGGACGUUCUGCAAGAAGAAAUCGACGUUGGAGACAUUCUUAAGAUCUUCAGUCUUGGAGAGGCCGGAUCUGACCUGAAUAUCCACCUGGCAGUAGAAUCGCCCCAAGGAUACCGUAGCAAGUACGAGGUCACCGAAUUGUUAAACCGUAAUCGCGACAAAAUUCGAUCGCUCCUCGAGGGAACGACCUUCACCGUUGGCUACUCGCCGUGCAAGCAAAUACCUUGCGAGAACGGAGGCUCUUGCAGCGACAAGUUAGUCAUCUACGACGACGCCAGGAUCACCGACAGCCAAGCGCUAAUCCUCACGUCGCCGAGAAUGAUGCACGAAAUGACCUGCAAGUGCCGCGAUGGCUUCACCGGCGACAAAUGCGACAGAAGACAAGAUCCUUGUUCUCCGAAUCCCUGUUUACUGGGAGGACAGUGUCGACGAAUGGGAUACGAUUUCCAAUGCACCUGUCCGAUCGAUCGCGAGGGAAAGCUAUGCGAGCUGGAGAGAGGCGAUGCUUGUGCGAGCAACCCCUGCAGAAACGGUGGAUCGUGCAGAAAGAGUCCCGACAGCUUUAGCUUCUUCUGUUUGUGCCGAGCUGGCUACAGGGGAAAUCAUUGCGAGGCAAUUACGGAUUCUUGCAGGCCGAAUCCUUGUCUCUAUGGAGGUUUAUGCGUGGGAGAGAAACCUGGGUGCAGUUGCCCAGAGGGUCGUUACGGAAGACACUGCGAACGAUCCACGUUUGGAUUCGAGGAACUGUCUUACAUGGCUUUCCCGGCCUUGGACUCCAACACGAACGACAUAACUAUCGUAUUUGCCACUACGAAACCAGACGCGUUGCUGCUGUACAAUUACGCGCCACAGGCGGCAGGACGUUCGGAUUUUGUCGUGUUGGAAUUGGUGGACGGGAGAGUGGUAUUUUCGUACGGAGGUGCAAGAAGCGCCAUCACCUCGAUCACCAUAAAAACGGAGAGCUCCGUGUCGGACGGAGAAUGGAGGAAGGUAACGGCAACCAGAAACGGAAGGGUAGUAUCCCUGAGCGUGUCCACGUGCAGAGAACACGGCGACAUUUGCGACGAUUGCAAACCCGGUGAUGGCACUUGUUACGCGGACGAUGUCGGACCAACCGGGACCUUGAAUUUUAACAACAAUCCACUCUUGGUGGGAGGAUUGGAAAAUGCCGAUCCAGUCCUCGAGAGGCCAGGCCAAGUGCACUCCGACGAUUUCGUCGGAUGCGUCCACUCGGUUUCCAUAAAUGGAAGAGCCUUGAAUCUAUCAAAUCCACUAGCGUCGCGUGGAGUGAAAUCCACCUGUGUCAGAUCGAAGAACAACCCUUGUUUGAAGGGUGGCAAGGACUCGACGUCCGUUUGCGGCGCAAAUUCCAAGUGUUACGACAAAUGGCAUCAGGUGUCUUGCCGAUGUGGAUCUGUAAUCACGCCAAAUUGCGAGGGUGCGCUCGAACCGAUCACAUUGAGCGAGGGUGGAUACGUCGAGUUUAAAAUCUCGGAAAAACACAGAAGGAUGCAGUUACUGGAGUAUCUCUACAGAGGCUCGACGAUGUGGCAGAAGAAUCGAGCGAAACGAACUGUCAGUGAAGACACCAGCUUCAUCACUAAUCCGUCACCCUUCAAAACGAUCGGUUUGAUGUUCAGAACGGUGAAGCCCGAUGGUAUUCUCAUCUAUGCCGCGACCAAUAAACACUUUACAUCGGUAGAGCUGCGUAAUGGCCAACUAUUUUACGCGUCGCUUCUCGGAUCGCCCGUGAACAUGACCGCGAAAAUUGAAGAAAGUUUAGCGGACGGCCGCUGGCACAACUUGACCUUGCACUCCUACCUCCGAGGCUUGAGAUUAUUCGUCGACGGCGUGCAAACCGGCGAGGAGUUGGACCCUGUCAGUGUCCACGAUUUCCUCGACCCGUAUCUGUCCGUGUUAUCGAUCGGUGGGGUUAGCCAAGACCUGUACUACGCACACAGCGCUGGCGCUAGGAGUUUCGAGGGUUGUUUGGCCAACUUCACCAUCAACAACGAGGUCCAGCCGUUCAAUGGGUCCGGCUCGAUCUUCAAGGAGGUGCUGUAUCACGCGAAGGUGAGCACCGGUUGCAGAGGUCCGAUUGGAAUCAGCGCGGCGGCCACUGCCGAUCCUCUCAGCAUAGGGAUCACUCUGGUCAUAGUGUUCUUCGUCAUCCUGUUGAUCGCUAUACUGGUCAGUUUCAUCGUGUUCCGUCUAAGACGACAGAACAAGGAGAAAUCCGCCCCGUCGGUGGUGAACAAGAACACCAACGCCAUAAUGACCGGCAACCCGUUAGUUGGCUCGGGUAACGACAACCUAAUGUCCCGCCACGAGAACACCUACAUCUCCGACACGUCGGACUUGCGAGGAGUGAGUCACAUGGGUCCAGAGUUAAUCUCGAAGAAGUACAAAGAACGGGAAAUUAACGCGACCGCGGAACAUCGGCCGCAGAGGCCGGACAUCAUCGAGAGAGAAGUGACGAAGUCACCACCCAUUCGUGACGAACAUCCCCCACUUCCGCCGCCCGCUCAAACCUCUCUACAUUCUCAUGAACACAACCCGGAGCCCGACAUGCCCGAGCAUUACGACCUGGAGAACGCGAGCUCGAUCGCGCCGAGCGACAUCGACAUCGUCUAUCAUUACAAAGGUUAUCGAGACGGCAUGCGUAAGUACAAAGCCACUCCUCCGCCUAUCAACAACUACGCGAACCAUCACAAGCACACGGGCCAGCAACACAGGCACACCGGGCCGUUCCCGCCGCGGGCAUUGCCGCCACCGAACGUGAACCAACCGCCUGGCCCGACCCAGAAACUGCUGCAAAGCACCCCGUUAGCCAGGUUAUCGCCCAGCAGCGAAUUAUCCGCCCAGCAACCGAGAAUCCUGACAUUGCACGACAUCAGUGGGAAACCUCUGCAAAGCGCUCUCCUCGCCACCACGUCCUCGUCCGGCGGCGUGGGCAAAGACGCUUUGAAUUCCAACAGCGAACGGAGUCUGAACUCCCCGAUCAUGAGUCAAUUGUCCGGAUCAACGGCCAGUCGGAAGGCGCCCCAAUCGAACAACGAAAACUCUGUGAACAACGUGUCGUCCGGCCCGAUGGGAUUAACGGCGGAGGAGAUCGAAAGACUGAACUCGAGGCCGAGAACCUCGAGCCUUGUGUCAACCUUGGACGCGGUGAGUUCCUCCAGCGAGGCCAGGGGACCACCGGCUCACGGGCCCCUGCACCUUCACCGGCGGCACACACCCCCGGUCGAGAGGCUCGAACGAAGAAACUCGUCGACCACCGACGAGAGCGGUAACGACAGCUUCACCUGCUCGGAGUACGACAACACCUCAUUGGUCGGCGACAAACGAUCGGACAACCCGUUCGCGAAACAGGACGACGAGGAAGUGAAUCAACGUAGCAACGAGUCCUCGCAGACGACGAAGCCGCCGCUGCCGCCGAACGUGAACUACGACGGGUUCGACAGCUCUUUCCGCGGGUCUCUCAGUACCUUGGUAGCCUCGGACGAUGACCUGUCGACGCACAUGGGUGGACUGUACAGACCGAACAACAGCGGAUCACCGUCGACGACCACCACAGCGUUAAGCUGGGAUUACCUGUUGAACUGGGGACUGAACUUCGACAGUUUGGUCGGCGUGUUCAUCGACAUCGCCGAACUACCGGACAGUGCCAAUCGCGUUCCGAGCACGCUCAGGCUACCAGCUAGUAUACCUAAGCCAUCCGAGGAGUACGUCUGA